AUGGCAAUUGGUACCACCCCAAAAUCAAUCAUCGUCACCGGCGGCGCCAGCGGCAUCGGCCUCACCAUAGUACGCCACUUUGCCUCGCAGGGCGGCUGCGUUGCCAUCUUCGAUGUCAACGCAGCUUCUGGCAAGUCCAUUGUGUCCGACGUUGCUUCAGAGUAUCCUCAAUCUACGGUAACCUUCCAUCAUUGCGAUGUUUCUUUGUGGAAAGAACAGACUCAGGCAUUCUCGGAUGUCUACGAUGCAUUUGGCAGGAUAGAUAUUGUCUUUGCAAAUGCUGGUAUAGCCGAAGGGAUAGCGAACGCCCUUGCAACUAUCCACUCCGACGCUCCCCAGGAACCGAACCUCAAGGUUGUAGCCGUGGAUUUGAAUGGUGUCAUAUAUUUUUCUUCCAGUUUGUGCAUGACUUCGAGGCUAUCAUCGCCUUUCGUAACUGUUAAGCUUGCCAUUCACUACAUCAGCAAGAACCCAACAUGCGGGAGCUCUCGUGGCUCCAUCAUCUUCACUGCGUCAGAUGCCGCUCUUUAUCCAUUCCUAGUUGGACCGUUGUACGCAGCGGCAAAGGCUGGCGUGAUUGGUCUCGUACGGUCAACAGCUCCCAUACUUGAAAAUCUCAAGAUCCAGAUCAACACGAUGGCACCGGCAGCUCUAGAUAAGAAGCUCAACAAAAUUCAAGGGCAAUAUCCCCACCAGAUCACUAAUGCGAGAUCAGUCACGAACAUCAUCCCCGACCCAGAAAUGUAUAAACACAUGGUGGUCACACCAAUGUCUACCCUGAUCAAGGGCGUAUCGCAGAUUAUAGGCGAUGCAAGUCUCAACGGUAAAGUCGUAGAGAUCCACGACGAAGAACCAACCAUACGCAAUGAGCCUUAUUAG